AUGAUCUUAAUGGGAUGGAAGAGCUGCAUAUCGAAGGAUGGGCAGGUUUUAUUUCGGCGACUCUUCCGAGUCUGAAGCAGAAGUAAACGAUGGCGAUGACUACCUCCCGUUCCCUAAGCCCCUCUCUAGGUCGUCUUUUACCACUCCCGAUUUUGACCCAGCCAAAUUUCUUUCCUCCCUCUCCAAUCGCCACCAAUCGCUCGCGGAUCUCCAGACGGAGCUCCGAGACCUGAGCCAAUCCCUAAGCAAAGAGUUACUGAACCUGGUCAACGACAACUAUCAAGACUUUCUCUCCCUCGGCACCGCUCUCAAAGGUGGAGAGGAGAGAGUUGAAGAAAUCAGGGCCGUGCUGUUAGGUUUCCAGCGCGAUGUGCAGAGUGUCAAGGAGAAAUUUGAAAAUAGGACUGCUACCAUUAAAGGACUGCUGGACGACAAGAAGCGAUUGCGAUCUGAUAUCGCGAUAGGAUAUUAUUUAUUGGAUAUUGCGGAGAAAAUCGAAUUAUUGGAACGGAAGCUUAUGGUCCAUCAGGGAGAUGAAGGGAGCAACAAGCGGAGCAAGGAUCUAGAGUUGGACGAAGAGUUGAUUCAGAGCGAAGACGACGAGAGCGGCGAUGACGAGGAUCGGGACCAAGAUGAGUCGGGCGACACGACUUUGGUAUCGUUGCGUCGACUAGAGCGGCAUAUUCAACAGUACCUUAGCUUGAAGACUGUGAUCAACCGCGUUGGCGAACAACAUCCGUUUGUGGUUAGUCAAUCCAACAGAAUCGCAACCAUAAAGACGGCAUUACUUCUAGAUCUCAGGACUGCUGUCAAACAAGGGGACACAGUUGGGAGGAAGAGGGAAGACCGCCUGCUGAAGAUCCUACACCUCCAUGAGCUCUUAGGAGAGGAGACAGAGGCUGUCAUGGCAUUGUUGAAACUGAGGAUUUAGCGUCGAUAAUACCCAUUCCAUUUUUGCAU